GGGCGGGGCCGGCGCUGGUUAGCUCCCGAGUGUGAAACCGCGUGUUAAUGUAACCGGCGCGAGAAGCGCGGGCGGCGGCGGCUGGACCGGUGGCUGCGGGAGCAGCACUGGCGGAUACCCCGUGCCUCGCGCCCCCCAGGCGACCGACUGUGCCAUCUCCAUCCCCCACAAGGCCAGGCGUGAUCUGCGCCACCAGCCUAGACCUCCGCCGACCCGUGGUGAUCAUAGUCCCGCUGGCCACCCUUGCCGCGACUACUCCGGACUCGCCCGCGGAGUUUGCCCGCCGGGGAGGGAGGCUGGGCGGUGGAGUGUACGCCUGCUCUUCUCCCCACCAUCUCGUGGAUGUUGUACCUGGGGUCGUGAGAGAACUUUGCAGCGGGCUGGAGCGCCCUUUGCGAAAAGGCAAACGAAGGGAAGGGGAGGACCGAGGAAAGGGCUGGGAAGAAGGGUCCGAAGUGGCUAAGUCGGCCGUUCGGGGCCAUCUCGUACGGGGCGCAGUGCCCUGAUGCUCCCUGAGUUCGAGGAGCAUCGGGUGGCUGCGGGGCUGCCCUCCGUGGAAUAGCCCCGUCGGACCAGGAGGGUUUGUGCGACCGCGGAGAACACCCAGUGCCGGUCGGCGCGGGGCGUGCCGAGCCGCCUCUCGGCGCGUCCCCGCACUUUCUCCGCCUCGGCGUCAUCCCGCGCUUCCCGGCCUGGGCUGAGGCUGCGCAUCGCCGGGCGCGGAGCCUCUGCUGAGGUCCGACACUCGGUGUCCGCUGUCUCCCGGGAGCCCGCAAACGCUCGGCCAAAGGCUCAGCCCAGACCCACCCGGGUCAGGUCCUAUCGUUGCCGGCUUUGUGUGGGGUUAACCGGAGGCGCCGCUCCACCUGCACCUCCUCGCCCGCCGCCGCGGGGAAAAUCCGGAGAGGCGGACAGGAGAAAAGCAAAGAAAAGCAACCCUCCUGGAUUUGUUUGCCCGGGACGGGCGCCGUGCACGCUGAUCGCCGAAGGGAGCGCGGCGGGGGUCAGUAGGCCCGCACCUCCCCGCCCCGGCGGCUGAGGCCCGCGGGUUGGAGCGCAGCCCCCGCGCCUUCUCCCCGGGCGCUGGAGUCGCCGUGCAGUUUCUUGGAACAGCUGGGGCCCGGGCGCCGGGCGAUGUGGCCCUGAGCGCGGGAGCCCGCAGCGGCGAGAGCAGGAGUAGCCGCGGGCGCCGAGUGUCUGUGCGCCGGGCUGAGCGCGCCUGCGUGCGUGGCCAGCGCCCCCUCGCCCCCUGCGUGCCCAGCUUUUGCUUGGCUUCCGGGUUUGAUUUUCCUCGGUGGGAUUAAAGUUGGAAAUUGAGCGAAGAAUUGAGUUGCCCAGGAACAGAGCCGCGACCGCCGCCAGAGCUAUGUUCCCGCAGAGCCGGCACCCGACGCCGCACCAGGCUGCAGGCCAGCCCUUCAAGUUCACUAUCCCGGAGUCCCUGGACCGGAUAAAGGAAGAAUUCCAGUUCCUACAGGCGCAGUAUCACAGCCUUAAAUUGGAAUGUGAGAAACUGGCAAGUGAAAAGACAGAAAUGCAGAGACACUAUGUGAUGUAUUAUGAAAUGUCAUAUGGAUUAAACAUUGAAAUGCAUAAACAGACUGAAAUCGCCAAGAGAUUGAAUACGAUUUGCGCACAAGUCAUCCCAUUUCUGUCUCAGGAACAUCAACAACAGGUGGCCCAGGCAGUGGAACGGGCCAAGCAGGUGACCAUGGCAGAACUGAACGCCAUCAUCGGGGUACGUGGCCUACCAGGUCUACCUCCUACACAGCAGCAGUUGCAAGCUCAGCAUCUUUCUCACGGCCACGGACCCCCGGUACCCCUAACGCCUCACCCGUCGGGACUUCAGCCUCCUGGAAUCCCGCCCCUCGGGGGCAGCGCUGGCCUUCUCGCGCUGUCUAGUGCUCUGAGUGGGCAGUCUCACUUGGCAAUAAAAGAUGACAAGAAGCACCACGAGGCAGAGCACCACAGAGACAGAGAACCAGGCACAAGUAAUUCCCUCUUGGUACCUGACAGUCUAAGAGGCACGGAUAAACGCAGAAAUGGGCCUGAGUUCUCCAAUGACAUUAAAAAAAGAAAGGUGGAUGAUAAGGACUCCAGCCACUAUGACAGCGAUGGAGACAAGAGUGAUGACAAUUUAGUUGUGGAUGUAUCUAAUGAGGACCCUUCUUCUCCUCGGGCAAGCCCAGCCCACUCACCGCGGGAAAAUGGAAUCGACAAAAACCGCCUUCUAAAGAAAGAUGCUUCGAGCAGCCCAGCAUCCACGGCCUCCUCGGGAAGUUCCACUUCUUUGAAAUCCAAAGAAAUGAGCUUGCAUGAAAAAGCCAGCACGCCUGUUCUGAAAUCCAGCACGCCAACGCCUCGGAGCGACCUGCCCACGCCGGGCGCCAGCGCCACCCCAGGCCUCCGUCCUGGCCUGGGCAAGCCUCCAGCCAUGGACCCCCUCAUUAACCAAGCGGGAUGGGGUUUUCAUUUGGAAUUGGUACCGGGCAAUGGAAAGUUCGGACUGAAGGAGAAUUCUUGGAUUUUAUCAAGAAAAUCUUCUUUUGAGAUUAAGUCAGCAGCCGGUUUGAGGACGCCCCUGGCGGUGCCGGGCCCGUACCCCGCGCCCUUUGGAAUGGUCCCCCACGCGGGCAUGAACGGCGAGCUGACCAGCCCGGGCGCCGCGUACGCGAGUUUACACAACAUGUCUCCGCAGAUGAGCGCCGCGGCCGCCGCCGCCGCCGUGGUGGCCUACGGGCGAUCCCCGAUGGUUGGCUUUGAUCCUCCCCCUCACAUGAGAGUCCCUACCAUCCCUCCAAACCUGGCAGGAAUCCCUGGGGGGAAACCUGCAUACUCCUUCCACGUAACUGCAGACGGUCAGAUGCAGCCCGUCCCUUUCCCCCCCGAUGCCCUCAUUGGCCCCGGCAUCCCCCGCCACGCUCGCCAGAUCAACACCCUCAACCACGGGGAGGUGGUGUGCGCGGUGACCAUCAGCAACCCCACGAGGCACGUGUACACGGGUGGGAAGGGCUGCGUGAAGGUCUGGGACAUCAGCCAGCCUGGCAACAAGAGCCCCGUCUCUCAGCUCGACUGUCUGAAUAGAGAUAAUUAUAUCCGUUCCUGUAAACUGCUACCUGAUGGCUGCACUCUCAUAGUGGGAGGGGAAGCCAGUACCUUGUCCAUUUGGGACCUGGCGGCUCCAACUCCACGGAUCAAGGCAGAGCUGACGUCGUCGGCCCCCGCCUGCUACGCCCUGGCCAUCAGCCCCGACUCCAAGGUCUGCUUCUCGUGCUGCAGCGACGGCAACAUCGCCGUGUGGGAUCUGCACAACCAGACACUAGUGAGGCAAUUCCAGGGCCACACAGACGGAGCCAGCUGUAUUGACAUUUCCAACGAUGGCACCAAGCUCUGGACAGGCGGUUUGGACAACACGGUCAGAUCCUGGGACCUGCGCGAGGGGCGACAGCUGCAGCAGCACGACUUCACCUCACAGAUCUUCUCCCUGGGUUACUGCCCCACCGGAGAGUGGCUGGCCGUGGGCAUGGAGAGCAGCAACGUGGAAGUCCUCCACGUGAACAAGCCUGACAAGUACCAGUUGCAUCUACAUGAGAGCUGUGUCCUGUCUCUAAAAUUCGCUUAUUGUGGUAAAUGGUUUGUGAGUACUGGAAAAGAUAACCUCCUCAAUGCCUGGCGGACCCCCUAUGGAGCCAGUAUAUUCCAGUCCAAAGAGUCCUCGUCCGUGCUGAGCUGUGACAUCUCUGUGGACGAUAAAUACAUAGUCACUGGCUCAGGGGACAAGAAGGCUACAGUCUAUGAAGUUAUCUACUGAAAACAUCAUAUGGUUUAAUGUCUAUAGUUGAAUUGGGCCAAAAUGUUUUGAAUUUGUAGAAAUAGAAAAGUUGUAACUUUAAAGAAAAAACACACAGAAACCUGUUUCCAAACCUUGACACGAAACUACGUUGAGUCUACAAAGAGGAGGCGCCGAGUCCAUUAUGGAGGGUCACCUAUCUGCCUGGACCAAAUGGAGCAGCGAGGUAGAGUGGACAGCGGGGCCAAGGGCUGUAGGACUGAGGAACGGAAUUGGCCGACUCACGUCAGCGCCCGUCAUUUUCUUUCCACGUGACCUCCUGCCGAUCAAUCGCACAUUGCCUGAGUGUGAGACCCUUUCUGUUCCUUGCGGUUCACCUCACUUUCCGUCCUUUGUAGAGCAGUGGCGUCUCCAGUGAACUUGUUUCCUGGUUUUGCGUCUUGUGAAAUGUUUUGUUUAGUUUUGUUUUUGUAUUUUUGUUGAAGGUUAAACAUUUGUAUAAAUUGUAAAUAUAUUUGGUUUAUUACAGUAAAGGCUUUAGUACCAAUAA